AUGAAUUACAAAAGUGUUGAUGUUGAAACAUUUGAUGGUCUUGUAUCACGUUCUGGUUUUAAAAAUCCAAUGGACCCAUUAGAUACUUCAUUAGGUGCAUUUAUAUCAAAAUCAAAGAACACUCAAAUGAAAUUAUCCAGUUCUGAGAGAAAAAAAAUACAAAAGGAACAAAAAAAAGAAAAAAGUUUAGCAAACAAGAAAUAA